UCGUUUGGUAAGAUUGACGCUGCAACCAUUAAUCUAUUGGUUUUCUCACACGAUCAUUUUUUUAUUUCGUCCGCAGGCACGACAUGACAAGCCACUUCAGGGCGCGGAAGAAGAAGUUUUCGAGGCGCUUUGAAGGCAACAAAGGUUAUCACCGCCACCACCAUCACAGUCAUCCCUCAGCAAGGUCUCACCUUAGGCAGCUAAUCUGAUUUACCGUCCUUUUUCUUGAGACAUUUUGAUAAAAAUUUCUGCUUAACAUCUCGGGACGUCUGGUGCCAUGAAGGGAAUCAGGGUUUUUGUGGUUUUCUUGGUGCUUUCCGCGUCUCUGUUGUGCACAACCGAAGCGGGCAGGAGCAGAACCAGCAACCAGAACAGCUUCCGACGGGCAGCUAACGGCAUCUACCAGACUCUGAGCAGUGUUUUCGGGGAGGACAACAUUAGAGGGUUAUACAAGUUUUUCUCCAAAACAACGGAGCGGUUUGUCCAUGGAGUGGACUCUUUUCUCGAUACCAUCUGGAAGAUAUGGUCCGAUUUGCUAGAUGUUAUGGGCAUCGACUCCUCAAACCUCAGCCACUACUUCAGCACCACAUCCCUCACCAACUCUCCGGCACGCGCCCUGCUCCUGGUUGCCGCUGUACUCGUGGCCUACUGGUUCCUCUCCAUGUUCCUUGGGGGUUUCUUUUACCUGCUGCACGCUGUGUUCGGUCGCUUCUUCUGGCUAGCACGCAUGACGCUCUUCGCCCUGUCUUGCCUCUACAUCCUGCAGAAGUUUGAGGGUGACCCUGAGCGAGCUGUGCUGCCGCUGUGCUUCAUCAUGGCCGUGUACUUCAUGACGGGGCCUGUGGGAGCGUACUGGCGUCGGGGAGGCGGGGCAGGUUCACUGGAAGAGAAAAUCGACCACCUGGACACUCAGAUCAGGUUGCUUAACAUCAGGCUGAGCCGUGUCAUAGACGGCCUGGAACGCCCCGGGGAGCAGUAGGUGGCAGCAAGGAUGUGGGGGAGGAAGGGGAUAAUGUAGAAACAGCUGCAGCUGAUGUCAGAAUGCUGUUUUCCUGUACACAUCUUCAGCAACAUGACUACUGGGUAUUUACAACUCUAUUGUCAGAUGGGGGACAAAACUAGAUUUGAAAACAGUAUUUUAACUUCUUGAGUUGAUUUUAGUUGCAGAAUACCUAAAAAUCCACAGCGGUGUGGACAGUUGACUGGGAGUUUACGCAAAUCAACCAAACAACAGUUUUUCUUUAAUUGUUUUGUCUUAGGCUUUGAAAGAUUUUUGCUGCAUCUGGGAGGAAGUCAUCAGAGAGAUGUCCAUGGUUUUCUAAAUGCUGGCCUAAUUCUACACCUCAGCUACUUUUGAGAAACUCCCACGUUAGGGCUUGAAUUUCUGGUGUUUGGAUAAGUGUUGUCAAAGCUUGUGCUAAAUGAAUAAGCAUUUUAUGCAUCUUUGUUUGUUUCUAUCCUUGUGAAUAACCUGGGGAUUACGAUUCUUGCACAGGUUUGUCCGCAAAAAUGUUUUCCCCUUUUUUUGAAACUAUUGAAGGGAAAGGGGUUAGGUGUAUGACGCAGGGGGCCGAUACAAACAUUUUAUUUCUAAUAUGUAAAAAUCCUCAAGAUGUUGGAUAGUUCAUAGUAAGAUUUAUUUAUUCACUUUUCCAUCCAAAAUGUUUAAAUCACGUAGAUGCAGUUUGUUUCACCGUUCCAUAGUGGCAAUAGUUUGACAUCCGGACCACGUUUUCAUCAUUUGUGUGUAUAGAUGUGAGCAAAUGCAUCUGGGUGACUUACUGGAAGGUGUGCAAAUGCAUAAGUGUGUGUGUGUGUGUGUGUGUGUGUGUGUGUGUGUGUGUGUGUGUGUGUGUGUGUGUGUGUGUGUGUGUGUGUUUCAAGCUUGUGAAAUGGAAAAGCACUGUGUCAAAAAGUCACCAUCAGACUAGAAGAAAAUGCAAAGGCAGCAAUAUCUCAGGGACUCAACCAACACAUAGAUUUGGAAAAGAGAUAAAGUAUAUUAAAAUCAUGUCUUGGUCUCUUUGAGUCACUUCACAGUUUUUCAGAUAUGGUUUGAAAUCUGUCUCAGUACUUUACAAUACAUACUGAUAAAUGGGUGUGCAGUUUGUCUUUUUGCAUCAUGUUGAAAUUGCAGUGUUUAGAUUUUUUGUUUAAUACUAGCAUGGUAGCUAGUGGUUCUAAAGUUAAAUUUGGUAGUGUUCUUCAAUAGUAGGUCUUUAACUACUGAAAAUGUUUGAUUAAUCAAUCAGUUGUUUGGUCUGUAAAAUGUCAGAAAGUGAUGAGAAAUGUCAGUGUAUCCCAAAGCCCAAGAUGAUGCCCUCAAAUGUCUUGUUUUGUCCACAGCCUAAAGAUAUUCAGUUUUCUUUUUUCUUUUUUUAAGAUAUUCACUUUACUGUCAUAGACAAGUGAAGAAACUCAAACCACUUGAAAUUGUUGGCGAUAAAUGUAAUAGUUGACAACUAAUCGAUUAAUCGUUGCACCUCUAACAAAUAGCAUUUUAACAUUUUUUAAAUGUGUGAACUCACAAGCAUAUUAUCCACAAAUGUGUAGAACAGUCGUUUUGAGUCACGUCACUCUGGCGAAGGGGGAUCAAUUUCUCAAACUGGUUACAGAUUAAAUUAGGUCUAGUGCCUUUGAUUCUGUGGCAAAAAUACAAGCUUGUACUGUACAACCUCAUGUGACCCUGCAUCAGAAAAGUCAGGCUUCAAGCCGUUGUAUAUUAUUCUAAAUUGUUUCAUGUUAGUGUGUAAUAAGAGCUCUUACCAGUAACUUAAUGAGAUUUACAACCAGCCUGAUUGAUACAGCGUAACAUUGUUAAAACUGUGUGUUGUAUACAUGCUUAGUGUGCACCUCUGGAGCCAACUCUAGUUAGUUUGAAGGGCCUUUUUAUGUUUUAUUAUUUCUGCCUUUUGGAUUUUAUAUUUCUCUUCAUGUACUGUUGUUAACAGACUAGGACUUUACCCUCCCAUGCUCCUCUAUGUUUAACACACAUCUUCAUCUAGUCAUAUUCCCCUUGGCGCAGCUUUUUGUCAGUUCAAUUAAAUCUGGACUGUGUAAACACGUUUUUAUAUAAAUGGUCCUAAUGCUGUGCAAA